AUGCCUUCCACUGAGUGCGUAAACGUCUUGGUUGUCGUCCACGGUGACACGCCUUCUUCAAUCACGUUGAACGAAUGUCGACCCUCGUCUCCACCUACCGAGGUAGAGUCUGACUCUGACUCCGAGACUACGAGCCACACCGAAAAGGACGAAACUACUACCAACGAGAAAAAGCCGAAACCGGACAAGAGCAAGACAGAGAUUGCGUGCGAUCGUUAUCUGAAGCGCUUUCAGAUUUGGGACCCUGAAGAAUUCGAAUACGUCCCGUACGACCCCAGCUCGAACGCUGAAUCUCCUUCUCAGGCUGCUCCCAAGGAAGAAGACAAGACUAAUUACUUCUACAUCGAUGAACGGUACCACAAUGAACGAUCUCAACUGAAAGUCUGGGUGACAAAGUUCAGUAAACCAUUGCUUGCUUUCUUGCGAGUCACUGUUGGAGAUGAUUUCUUCGAUAACAAACCCGAGUUCCUUGUCACGUCCUUUUUUCCAAAGCUGUCGUUGAUGAGAAAGACGCUGGACAUCGCGCGGUCUUUCGCUUUAUCGGACAAGACGCCUGCGCGCGAAGAAUGCCUUCAAAUCGCGAAGUCUGUGGGACUAAAUGACCUGGACGAAGAUUCAACCUCAGAAUCCGAUAUGAUCCAACGAGUCAAGGAAUUGGUGGAACACAUCACAGUUCUCAUGAACUUUCUUGAAAAAGAGUUCAAACCAAUCGCUGAUCGAGUGGCAUUAGCGCGUAGCUACGGUCACGCCGAAUUCGACCUGCUGCAAUACUUCUUCGAACCCGGCCAGGAGAUGGUCACUACUGACAAGUUCGGUAAACAGAUUGCUCUCGUGAUUGAGAAAAAUUACUAUGACGUGGCGGGCAUGCCUCCGGUCCGAUAUUUCAAUGUUGAAGGGUACGGAUGGCUAUGGGACGGCUCUAGCUAUUCCCGAUAUGACGUAGAGCGCUAUUGGAAAGAGUACAAGGGUACUCGAGAAGUAUCCUCUCUCCCCGUCACUGACUUGAAGCCUGAUGUCAAGGCCAAACUCAAAGCUCGUGGAAGCUUGUACACUGCACUUUCUGGCGUGCAUUACAAAGUUUAUAAAACUAAACGUGUUAUCGUUGAUAAGAAGGCAUAUGACAACCAGUCUGGCUACACUCGCGAUCCUGACGAAUGUAUUCCCGACCUAGAAGAGAACCGUCUCCAUCUCCUUCCCUCGGUAGUUUACGGAUUCAAUCUAGGGACCAAAGAGUGGUCCAGUUUCCUUGUCGAGGAAUUGAAGGAGGUUGUAUUUGAUGAACACGCAUGGGAUCACCUUGUCUUGGACCAAGACAUUAAGACUUUGAUCAGAGGCCUCGUUGAGGUGACCAAGAAUAAGAACUCUUCAAGCAAGAUGAUCGGCGAUGUCAUCUCUGGGAAAGGUGGCGGACUAAUUUCCGUCCUCCACGGCCCACCGGGAACAGGCAAGACACUCACCGCUGAGUCUGUGGCAGAGCUUCUUCGUCGACCACUUUACAUGGUCGGCUCAUCGGAGCUUUCUUCUGAUUCUUCGGAUUUAGAAUAUAACCUUAGAUCGACUCUCAGUUUGGCAACAGCUUGGGACGCUGUGUUAUUGAUUGACGAGGCGGACGUAUUUUUAGAGCAGCGUAGUCUGCACGAGCUUGAGAGAAAUGCUUUAGUUUCUGUGGCUCUACGAGUACUUGAGUAUCACCGGGGUGUUCUUUUCCUCACCACAAACAGGAUUAAGACAUUCGAUGAAGCCUUCCUGUCUCGUUUCUCUAUCGCUAUCAAGUAUCCCGAACUCGAUGUUGCGGGUAGACGCGCCAUUUGGCAAAAGUUCUUCGCUCUUGCCGAUUGUUCUGUUCCUGAGAAUGAUCUAGAGGAGUUGGCGGCGAAACCGUUUAAUGGUCGUACCAUUAAAAAUAUGGUCCGAACAGCACAAGCGUUGGCCCUUUCCUCCGACGAACCACUUGGCGUCAAGCAUGUUCAGGUGGUUCUGAGAGCUCAAGAGAAAUUCUUGGAUGAGUUCUCGCGUUUGGAACGGUGA